GGAAGUUGCGCGGCGCAGUGUGUGCGCAGGCUGGCACGGCUAAGGACGGGAGUCACCAGGCGUCUGCUGCUCAAAUAAAACCUCCCAAAACAACACCCGUUGCGUCCAACAAACGAACAUUACAUUGGAAUAUGGAUGACGACGUGUUGACGACUCUGAAACUGUUGAUAAUAGGCGAGAGCGGAGUGGGGAAGUCCAGCCUUCUCCUGAGAUUCACCGAGGACACUUUCGACCCAGAACAGUCUGCAACAAUAGGUGUGGAUUUCAAAGUGAAGACACUAUCUAUUGAUGGGAACAAAGCAAAACUCGCCAUAUGGGACACAGCUGGUCAGGAAAGGUUUCGCACGUUAACACCCAGUUACUAUCGUGGCGCGCAGGGUGUCAUACUUGUAUAUGAUGUUACCAAGCGGGACACCUUCACCAAGCUGGAAAACUGGCUGAACGAACUGGAAACCUACACAACUCGCAAUGAUAUCGUCAAGAUGCUCGUUGGGAACAAGAUUGAUCGGGAUGACCAUGAAGUAGACCGCAAUGAAGGCCUGAAGUUUGCAAGAAAACACUCCAUGCUUUUUAUUGAGGCAAGCGCAAAGACCAAAGACGGCGUCCAGUGUGCCUUUGAGGAGCUCGUGGAGAAGAUCCUCCAGACCCCGGGCCUUUGGGAGAGUGAGAGCCAGGGACAGAAGCUGCGCCUGGGCAACCAGGAGCAAGGCGGCGGCCGGGCCUGCGGAGGGUACUGCUCCAUACCUUGAAAGCGGACACAAAAAAAAAAAUAGCUGACAGACCAGAACCCGGAAAGGAGAGGAAUAAUGCGAGUGGUUAAAGACGCGGGACGGGGACGGACUCCUUGCACACGACACUUCUUUCUGUUUAGUUUGUAGUUUGAAAAUGAACGCCGGCGUGGAGCAUUGCACGUCCUAUUCUGACAUGACUUCACUGCACAAACAGUUUUGUUCAGUAAAGUAACAUGCACCAACCAUUUCUUCCUGCCUUCUGCGGCCAUGCUUGCUUCAAAUGUAGCUGCGCUUAAUACGGGGGACCUUCCUUUCAACGCCACGAAAAAACUGUGUGUAUUCCGAAAUAAAGACAUUUCACACUUA